AUGAACCGCUGGAUCAAGUGUUCCGAGUUUUUCGAAAGAUAUCUGUGGAGUUUGCUCCUGGGUUGCGGUAUCCUUCCGCUACAUUUUGAGCCCGGCUUCCCGGGACAGUUCUCCAAAAGCCGGAAACAUUUGGUGUUCUGUAUCGUGAUGACGUUUGUCCUAGCCCUGGGAACUCCCGGCAUGAUGGUUGCGAUGUACGUGUACGGGUAUAUAGCAAACUUUUUCCUCGAAAGCAUACUGAUAGCGACACAGCUGUGCUUCAUCUAUGUGUUCAUGAUCGUGGUGAAUGUGGUGAUGCUGAUCAAUGCUGACAGGUUGUGCAGCACGCUGAACGUGUUGUUCGAGUUGCGCCACACAGCUCAUCAGCGGUGGAACUGCAGCCGCCUGCAGAAGGAGUACGCUCGAUUGCUUUUUGUCAAAAUAGCUAUCAUAGACGUGGCACUGCUUGUGUUUUCAUGGAUGAUGUAUUAUGUGUCGCAGGAUAAUGGUCCCACCGCGGCACAGAUAGCGGUCGGUGUAUGCUUCCUACUGUUGCGAUACAUUUUCACCGCGUUGGUGAAUUUGUACCUGGUAGGAUUGAUGAUCGGAAUCCUCAUUCAGGGAUCGAUCAAUGCCAAGCUGGCAAGCUUUGCGGAGCAGCACCAGCUGCAGCUUGACGAAGCGAUUGCGUCCGCAUUUCUGCACCAUCUGUACAUGUUACACUGUAAAAUUGUGGGCCUGGAAAAGCAAUUCAUGAGGACCAUGAACCUGCCGAUAUUGAUGCUAAACUGUUGGUAUUUUUUUGCCAUCGUUUAUUCGGUAUACUACAUGUACACCGCGACGAUGCUGGAGAUAAGGCACCAACGCUUUGGCAUAGAGGACAUCACGAAAUACUUCAAUUCGGUUACGUUUUUCCUGUAUCUGUGCGUGCAGCUGUACUGCAUAAUCUCGAUACCGGCAAUGUACACCGAACGCUCGAAGAAAAUGUGCUCCCUUCUAAACCAGAUCAAUCAGCAGUACCAGAGGCCAAGAAUGGAGCAACUGCUGGAACUGGUAACGCUAGAUUGUAUGCAUCGGGAGUACGGCAUUAGAAACUAUGAAAUGUACGAGCUGGACAGGGCGCUGCUGUUCGGGAUAAUAGCGACUGUGACGAGUUAUGUGAUCAUACUGGUACAGUUCCACAUGCAAGAGUAUGGAUAA